AACAGCAAAAAAGGCUUAGUAGCCUGGCAGAUUCAGUGCCAGACAGACUAGUUUCUGAUAAAGUUGAUUCAGCGCUCAUACGGGACAAGCCGGUUCAGGAGACAGUGCCAAGUGAGAAGAGGGCAAUGGAGGAGAAGAGAAGCAUUGUCAAGAGCCCUCAGCACAUGGCUGAUACCUCCGUCGAUGAUAUUGGCAUUCCCCUGAGGAAUACAGACAGAUCGAAGGACUGGUACAAGACGAUGUUCAAACAGAUCCACAAGCUAAACAGAGACACUCCUGAAGAAAACCCUUAUUGCCCUACCUACAUAUUUCCUGAACUUCCUGAAAUCCAGCAAAAAACUGAAGAAGACAAUCCUUAUUCACCUACAUACCAGUUUCCUGCGUCUACUCCUAGUCCUAUCUCUGAAGAUGAAGAUUCUGAUUCAUACUCUCCUCGUUAUUCCUAUUCUGAGGACAGCAGAACCCAGCUUUCAGUUCCCCGCUCCAAGAGUGAAACGGACACUAUUGAUUCAGAGAAGGUUGUUAAGAGGUCUGCCACUUUGCCACUGCCAAACCGUACUUCAUCACUGAAAUCAAGCCCAGAAAGGACUGACUGGGAGCCUCCAGACAAGAAGGUGGACACCAGAAAAUACCGUGCAGAGCCCAGGAGCAUUUAUGACUAUCAGCCAGGAAAGUCCUCGGUUCUGAACAAUGAAAAGAUGACUCGGAAUAUAAGCCCAGAAGAGAUAGAUUUAAAGAAUGAACCUUGGUAUAAAUUCUUUUCGGAAUUGGAGUUUGGGAAACCGCCUCCAAAAAAGAUUUGGGAUUAUACUCCUGGAGAUUGCUCUAUCCUUACUAGAGAGGAUAGAAAGACUGAUCUAGAAAAAGACCUCUACCUCUACCAGACUGAGUUAGAGGCAGAUUUAGAAAAAAUGGAGAAGCUUUAUAAAGCGCCACAUAAAAAGCCACAGAAGAAUACAGCAGGUGUUACUCCUCUGGAAACUUCCACGGACCAUUCUUCCUACUCCACAUAUUCACCCAACUACCAUGCAGUGAAGAGGGAGUCAGAACCAGCACUGGGGGACUCUGCUGGCUUGGAGAAUGAAAGGCAGAUUUACAAGAGUGUGCUGGAAGGUGGAGAUAUCCCGUUCCAGGGGCUGAGUGGUCUCAAGCGACCUUCUAGCUCUGCUUCCACAAAAGUGGAUCGUAAAGGUGGGAAUGCUCAUAUGACUGCACCCUCUUCAGUUAAUAGCCGAACCUUUAACGCUAGUCAUACCGGUAUGUUAGGUCACGCAUGUAAACAUAAGAAGCCCUUAUCAGCUGCAAAAGCCUGCAUUACUGAAAUCCUCCCUUCUAAAUUCAAACCCAAACUAGCAGCUCCAGCUGCUCUUGUGCAGGACAAGAAGGGUAUCUUGCUGUCUCAUGAGAAAGCUCAAAGCUGCGAAAACCUUCGUAGCUCCAUUGCCUUGUUCGAUAAUAAAAAAGCUUUCAUGGUAGACAUAGGGGAAAGCAUAGAAAACAUGUUGAUGAAGUCGAAGCAGGAGUAUGCCAUCAAAUCUGGCAGUACCAUGAGCCUGCAGGAGUAUGGCACCAACUCUAGGAAAGGCUACCUGUUCCCUGCCUCCAGGAAGAGUGGGAUGGAGUUUACAAUGCUGUAUAAAGACAUGCACCAGAUCAACCGGUCCAGAAUCCAUUUGGGCACAGUCUCCUCCUGCAGCGUGAGGGAUAUUGCAUCUCAGUUUGAGAAUGAAGCAAAGGACAGGAUGGAGCACAGCCUUAGUCGAGAGGAUUCAGAGCAGAUCCCCAAACACACCGUUUCCUCCCGUAUCAGUGCCUUUGAGCAGCUGAUCCAGAGAUCCCGAUCCAUGCCCUCACUUGACUUUUCCAUUGGACAAACAAAAUUCACCACUUCUCUCCAGUCUAAAACUUGUCUGAGUUCUGCCUACUCUGCAGAGUUUCUUCUGGAUUUGCCGAAAGCACACCAAGAAGAGAAGGAUGCUGCCAGCUGGGCAGAUAAAUCCUCUCACUCCUGUAGCAACGUGGAGGACACGGCUUCAGAUGCUAGUGAUGCCAUCCCUAUGGACACACUUUCAGCUUGCACGGAUGAGGUAGAUCUCCUGUCAAAUGCAUCCAAUGACAGCGGCAGCAGCAGCAGCAACCUCAAUGGGCCUCAGAAGCAUAAAAUCAACAGAUGCAAAGGCGCAUGCCCAGCUUCCUACACCAGGUUCACUACCAUCCGAAGACAUGAGCAGCAGCAGGCCUCCAGGAACCCUGACUCCAAAGGGGAUGUCUAUGGGGACAGACACAUGUUCCCCAGAAACGUCUACCUAAUGAGCCCGCUUCCCUUCCGAUUGAAAAAGCCCUUCCAACACAAGUCCUGCAGGACUGCACCCCCAGACUGCCCGGGAAGCCCGGCAGUGCCCAGCCCUGAGAACCCAGACGACCCCAUACAGCUGCAGGGGAGCGUAGGAGACAAGAGUCACCACUCCCAGCACCAACUGUGCUCCAGAAGCAGGCCUCUAGCCCCCAGGCGCCUGUCUUCCUUUGACAUUGUGGAGAGGCUUAGCUACUUCCCCACCAUGGGAUCUAGCCGAGAUGGCUUCAUGGGCCGGGCUGGCACUCCUGACUCCUUAAACAAUGGAAACCUUGUUCCAUAUGCUCUCUGUCACAGCCUGGACACAAACAACAACCCGCAAAGUGAACUUGGGACGUACCUAGGAGAUUCAGAAUCACCAAGGCAUUUUGUACCAGUUGAUUACAUGGAAACUCCAGAAGAAAUUAUCCGCAGACGGCAUGACGAUAAAGAGAAACUUUUAGAGGACCAGAGACGGCUUAAACGUGAGCAAGAAGAAGCUGAUAUUGCAGCUAGAAGGCACACAGGGGUUAUUCCAACGCACCAUCAGUUUAUCACUAAUGAGCGAUUUGGGGACCUCCUAAAUGUAGACGAUACAGCAAAGAGGAAAUCUGGGUCAGAGAUGAGACCUGCUAGAGCCAAGUUUGACUUUAAAGCGCAGACGCUAAAGGAACUUCCUCUGCAAAAAGGAGAUAUUGUUUACAUUUACAAGCAGAUUGACCAGAACUGGUAUGAAGGUGAACACCAUGGCAGAGUUGGCAUCUUCCCACGAUCGUACAUAGAGCUCCUCCCACCAGCUGAGAAAGCUCAUCCCAAAAAGCCAUCACCAUUGCAAGUAUUGGAAUAUGGAGAUGCUAUUGCUAAGUUCAACUUCAAUGGGGAUACCCAAGUGGAAAUGUCCUUCAGAAAG